AUGUAUUCCUGUUUUCCACGGCACUGGGUCCUCAGUGUGAUCGUCGUCUUUUUCUUCACGUUGUUCUUCCUGUCCGACCACAGGACGUCAACUUGGCAGGAUGUGAAGAGCACUCUCACCGCGGGAGGCAGCUCCAAGUGCGCAUCCACGUUGGCUUCGCAGGUGGAAAUCCUGACGACCGAGUACAAGAAGCUCUUGCCAGGAGUGACUCAUGUGGCCGUGAUCGGUUACCCAAACUAUCCCAACAAAGGCGACGCCGCCAUCUGGGCUGGCGAGCAGGAGCUGCUGCGCGCCCUGGGAAUUCAAAUGGUGUAUACCUGUGCCGACGAGAACGACUACGACAAGACGAAACUGAGGACGGAGCUCGAAGCCCACGGAGGGCCGUCCAAAACCGUCAUCAUGUUCCAAGGAGGAGGCAACUUUGGCGAUAUCUGGCCUCGGCUGCAAACCAACCGUGAACAGGUUGCCAGAGACUUCCCGGACUAUCGCAUCCGGUCGUUCCCCCAGACAUACAAGUUCUACCACGAGAAGAACUUGAAGGUGGCGCAGGAAGCCUACGGUCAACACCCGGAUCUCCAACUGACGGCACGCGACACCCGGUCGUACAUGGCCAUGCAGGCGGACUUCGGCAAGCGACACACGGUUUUGUUGCUGCCGGACGCCGCGACAAUGCUGAUAAACCGUGUGCCUCCCCCUCCGGCCUCUCGCGAGGGCAUUCUUUUCCUCGCCAGGACCGACGGCGAAGGUGAGCAGGACCACGUCAAGGAGCAGGCCGAGGUGGAAAAACUCCGCGAACUUGUCGACGACCACGGCAAGGAAAUGAAUGUCACCACCGCGGAUUGGGUCACCGAAGAUCCCAAAGAGGCGUGGACCGCCGCCAAUUUGGACGAACAGUCGUGGGUGAGGGUCAACUGGGCACACGACUUCCUCGCAUCCUAUGAGAUGAUAUUGAGCGAUCGACUACACGUGCACAUUCUGAGCACCGUUUGGGGUCUUGACCACGUCGUCGUCGAGCAGGGAUCCUACGCGAAACUGAGAACGUACCACGACACCUGGUUAACUGGCUGUGGCGAUCGGGUGGCCAUGACCCAGAGUGUCCAGGAAGGAGUUGAUGCCGUCAAGGCAUGGUAUGCGCGAGGCAAACAUUUCUGA